CAAGCUACAUAUGGAGGAGCAUCAUGGCUGCAAAGGGGCUGGUGAAGGAUGGAACGAGAUGGAGAGUGGAAGAUGGGAAAAGCAUCAAAAUUUGGUGGGAUAGAUGGAUACCAGGGGCAGAAGAUUUUAAAAAUACAAACCUCGGUUACAGGUUUAGGGAUGAAUGCAAGGGUGGUGGAUUUGAUUGAUCAAUCCACACGAUCAUGGCGAAGUAAAUACUACAACAACACUUCCAGCCUAUUGAUCGGGAGAGGAUUAAGUCAAUCCCCAUUCCAGUAAGACCCAAACCGGACAGAUGGUGUUGGGGCAGAGGGAAGACAUGUUUCUAUAUGGUUAAGCUGGGGUACCAUGAGUGGAGGAUGAAACAUAUGAAUAAUCAACCAGGGCAAUAUGGGCAAAUUGAUUGGAACAGACUGUGGCAUUUGAAACUCCCACCGAAAGUGCGAGUGUUUAUCUGGAGAUGGUGUAAAAACAUUUUACCUAUGGGAAAGAAUCUAGCAAAGCGUAUACCCGAAGCGAAUGAAGAGUGUCCGUUUUGUGGGCUAGUUGAGAUACAAGAACAUAUUACUAGAGAAUGUGACUGGGUGGGACGGAUAUGGAGACCUAUUUUUCUCAGACAACUGUUCGAAAUGGGAGAAGAAAGAAGUUGUGCAGAUUGGCUAUGUGAACUACUGGAGAAGACGGAAGAUGAAUAGCUAUGUGAAUUCCUAAUCACAAUUUGGUUCCUUUGGAAGGAAAGAAACAACCACCAGUUCAACAAUUCUAAGCUGGAAGAACGGGAAAUAAUUGAGAGAGCCAGAAUUACCUAGAGGAGUAUCGAAAAGCUCAGGGGUCGGAUUUGCCGUGGGAACGAUCAAGUCGGAGCUACCGCUAGGAGAAACCAGAUGGAGGAUUGAAGGCUAAUGUGGAUGCAUGCACACGGAAGGACGGGGGAACGAUGUAUGGAGUGUUAGUUCGGAAUGAAGGAGGUUUUGUCAUGGCAGUUGUGUGUCGAACAAGAACAGCUGGAGCCCGGAAAUGGCAGAGGUACAGCCUUUUCUAUGGGGAUUGAAGCUGGUGAAACAACACCAACUGCUCCUAGUGAUUAUGGAGAUUGAUUGCCAAAGUCUUGUGUUCAAAUUGCAGGGAAAGGAGAACAUAAAUCUAGAAAUUGAAACAAUUUGUGAGGAGAUAAGGGAGGUUGCAAAAGGAGGAGAUGUGAGAUGGCGAUUUUGGGAGAGGGAAGGAAAUGUUGUGGCCCAUCAGAUGGCUCGGGUUCUCUACCGAUAGGAGGAGACCGCGAUAUGGUUCGACCGACCACCUAUCUUUAUUAUUCCCCCAAAUUAGUCAUGACUAUAAUGCUCAAAACUAUGAAUAAAUAAUAUGCAUACAGGCAUUCUUUAUAAAAAAAAAUCAAUUGUGUUGGGAGCUGGUUUGGAAACCGACUCAGGUUGAACCGCCCUACCGGUUUGACAACCAUGACACUGCCACAUUGGGAGGGUUUAGCAUAGCGGUGGCGAUUGCGCACCCAAAAGAGAGCAUCUAUUCUUUUCCGACGUCCGAAAGUUUGUGUGCGAGAGAGAGCCAAAAACUUCUUUCAAUUUGUUUUCAUUUUCCUCUUUCUUCUCUCUGCUGUUGUAUCUGCUUUAGCUUCAUAUCUUCUCCACUCUACCCUUCCCCUUUUCGGCUUUUCCCCUUUUGUUUCACGGCGUUCUUUGAUUUUUCUGGUUAGCAUUUAGCAACGAAGCGUCUGAUCGAUUUCUCUGUCUGACUCUCUCUCCGCCGAGACAUGAUCGACUUCGGUCGAGUUCAGAAGGAGCUCCAGGAAUGUACCAGAGACAUGGAAGCCUCCGGCAUCAAAGUUUCCCCUAAAUCCGACAGUCUCGCUCGCCUCACCGGCACCAUCCCUGGCCCUGUGGGUACUCCUUACGAAGGCGGCUCUUUCCAAAUUGACAUCUCUCUUCCAGAUGGCUACCCAUUCGAGCCUCCUAAAAUGAAUUUCGUUACCAAAGUCUGGCACCCAAAUAUUAGCAGUCAGAGUGGAGCUAUUUGCCUAGACAUCUUGAAAGACCAAUGGAGUCCAGCUCUAACGCUAAAGACAGCUCUGCUAUCGGUCCAAGCACUUCUCUCUUCUCCUGAACCUGAUGACCCUCAAGAUGCAGUUGUAGCACAGCAGUAUCUCAAGGAGUACCAGACCUUUGUUGGCACAGCUCGCUACUGGACUGAAACUUUUGCUAAGGUCUCCUCUCUUGGAGUUGAGGAAAAGGUGCAGAAACUUGUUGAAAUGGGAUUCCCAGAAGCAUUGGCGAGGAGUACACUGGAUGCUGUUGGUGGGGAUGAGAACUUGGCUCUGGAAAGGCUUUGCUCUUGAAGAUCAAGCUUCCAAAUGACGGGGGUAUUAACUUUUAAGUUAAGAUCACCAAUAUUUGGGUAUGAAUAGCAUGUAUAGGCUUAUCUCUCUUAAUUUACUCCUGAAUUGUGAAAAGUGAGUAACUAUUUUGAUGUUCCAUCCAUUUAUUUGCAUCUUCAUGCAAGGAUAGAGAUUGCCUGAAUCAAUUGCGUGUUCUCUAGUAGCUCUCUGAAUGAAUGAAAGGGAGAAAU